AUGGAUCUACCUUCAACUUCUACCCAGAAACAUGAAGAAGAGUUCUCAAUGGACCGUUGGGAGCUGGAAUUUUGUCAAGAUUUGCCGGAACUUGCGGAUUAUAUUUGUUUUAUUGAUAAAAUUGCCGAAGAGCAUUUGAAAAAUACGACGGUUAGUAAAAAGUGAGUGGAUUUUGGGGGGAGUUUUGGGGGAAAAAUGAUGCAUUUCUGAAAAUUGGGUUGAAAUUUAUGAAAAAUUUGCAAAUUUACCUCUAAAAUCGUGGAAAUGAGCAUUUUUGGCUCAAAACUAAUGAAAAUUAGAAUUUUAAACUCAAAAAUAGUGAAAAUUUGAAUUUUAAACUCAAAAAUAGUGAAAAUUAGAAUUUUUGGCUCAAAAUUAGUGAAAAUUAGCAAAUUUAAACUCAAAAUAGUGGAAAUUUGAAUUUUAAACUUUCUUACUUAUCAAAAAUCGAAACGUAUCCUUUUUUUAAGCAAAAGUAAUAUUUUAGGAUCAAAAAAAUUGCGAAAUUUGUUUUUUGCAGGCAACAAAAGCGAGAUCGAAUAAGUCGUCUAGAAGAAAUGGUUCUUCCCGGCAGAACUUUGAUGGAAAAAGGUGAAAAGGCGACAAUUUCGAAUAGAAAAUGGAAAAAUGUAUUGGAAAGAAUGAAAGAAUUUGGCGAAGAUACACCACUUGGAAUUUUGGCGAAAGCUGUGAGAGAAGAGAGAAGGGUUGAGGUGAGAUUUUUUUUAGAUAUUUGUAUUAUUAUUGAUUAAAUUCAAAAAGUACAUAGAGAUUUUUGGGCAUGAGAAUUUACUAGAUUUAAAACUGUUAAAAUUCCCAUUUUUCGAAAUUUUGAAGAGACGAAAAAAUCGAAAAAGAUUUUGAAGAAAAUUUAGAUUUAAUAAAUUUGAAACGUAUUUUUUUGUGUUCCCGAAUUUUCCAGCUGAAAUCCAAAAUUUUCCAGAUUCGAACACAUAAAACAGCAUUUUUAGAACCAAAAUGAGAAGACAAGAAAAAAUCGAAAAAAAUUUUAAACAGAUUUUAUAUCAAAAAAAUUUGAAACGUAUUUUUUGUGUUCAGAAUUUUCCAGCCCAAUUUCCAGCUGAAAUCCAAAAUUUUCCAGAUUCGAACGCACAAUCAUUCAAAUAUCGAUCGAAUAAUUCGCGGAAUCCCAACAUCUUUCGAUUGCUUCGUAAAUUGUGUUCUUCGAAAUGUUAUCCAACUUCGAAUCGCCUCUUCAAAUUCUCAAAAUCUUCCCGAAUUUCUUCGCUGGACUCAGGCAGAUCCGAAACUUUGGCCAAUUCCCAAUCAAAAUGUCGAAUCUCGAAAACAACGUGCAUGUUUUGUAAAAGGCGAUAAUAUUGUGCUAAUUCGACUACUUAAUUAA